AUGCAGGAGGGGGAGGCUGAGUCCAUCCAGGCACUAAGUGACCAGAUCGAGUCCAGCCAGUUCAUCAGGUUACAAGUGAAAGACCUUCAGAAGAGACUCUCUGCUUGCUGUUCACUUUACACAGAAAGCACCAGGCCAUUGUCCAGAGCCCACAAGCCCCAAGAUCUCCCUGUGUCCUCCGAUCCAACACUGAAACUGGGGCCAUGGUACCCCUUCCUCUCUUAUCAUUGUUUUACUGCAUUCGAGUGUGUGGACCAAAGCACCCGCUUACUUUCCUGCUCCUCUGAAGCCAGCCCCACCGGCCCGUCAGGCUCCGUCAGUAACACUGAAAGGUCACCACAGCAGCCCCCACUGAAGACGGUAACAGUGACGCUGGAGGACUGCAGACACAAACUGGGACCUAACGGAGUCUUCAUUGUGCAAGAACCGGUACAUCAUGAUGUCGAUGACAGUGAAGACGACGAUGAAGACGACGAUGAUGAUGAUGGAGAUGGAAGAGAUGGCGAUUACGUCCCUGACAGUAAACGCAUCAAGUCCUGUGCUAAAGAAGGAGGCAGUCCUUCUUUAUCUGGGAAACAAACGCACAAAGACCAGACGGCAUCAACCACAAGAAACUAUUCUUGCAACCAGUGCAGUAAGACAUUUUCUCAACUAAAUCACCUUAAACUGCACGAGAGGACGCACAGAAAGAAGCUGGUCAUCAAAAGCCGCCGUGAAUCUGGACGCAAAGACAAGAAAAAGCCUACCCAAAGUGAAUCUCAUUCCUGCGAUCAGUGCAAUAAGGCCUAUUCUCAAUUAAAUCACCUCAAACUGCAUCAGAGAACACAUACAAAGGGACAAGAGAAAGACAAGAGAAAGUCUGGUCAAGUCAAAUCUAAUAAAUGUGACCUGUGUGGGAAGGUGUUUUCAAGUCAAGCCUACAUCAGCAUUCACAAGAGGAUACACACCGGAGAAAAGCGCUACAGCUGCAGUGUUUGUGGCAAGGCGUUCACUCAAGCAAGUGCUCGGGCAGUGCACCAGAGAAAACACGAAGAUGGGAACCCUUUGGUCGAUGUUCGUCUUAAGUCACGCAAGAAACACCCGCCGCAAACUGUGGAAGGCGACGACCAGUGCUCACCGUACGCAGAGAGUUUCGAAACGCCACAGGACGUAGAGACACAUGGACGUGUUUGAAAAUGGAGAGGAGUGUUCCCCGGACAGUGCCGUUCCUCAACAAGAGGAUGUUGGACAGUAACAGCUUCAAGAAGUGUAUUACUAUUAUUAUUAUUGUUAUUAUUAAUGUGUUUAUUCAGAGAAAGUGUAACAUGAGGUUGUGUUAUUUGCAGACUUUACCAUGUUAAGAUUCAUCCAUUACAAUGAUAAAAAUUGUAAUAAUGUAAAGACAUUUUGCUAUAGCAUGUGUACAUGUAUGUGGAAUUUGCUCAAAGAGAGGGAAAAAUACACCAAUUUAUUGUAUAGUGGUAACUUAAAGUCCUGUAGUUUGCCUGUGAUGUGUUUUUAAAUGAGAUUUUCAAAUUGUGAAAUGAAUCAGCUUUAUUGACA